CUUAUAACUUUAUAACAAAUGAUACGAAACAAUCCUUUCUAAUAAUAAUAAUACUACUUUAUUGUAUACUGAUCAAUUUGUUGCUUAAGAUUUUUCCAUUUAAACUUAUUAAUCUUUUAAAUACAGAUUUUAAGCUGUUUAAGCCUAACGCACGGACUUCUGUCCCCUAGUUCGUUAUUCGUUACCAAGUAUCUACCUACCUACCUAGGAGCCAAGCUCUCAGACGCUUCGGUGCGGCAAUACCUUACCUCGUCAAACUAGAACUCCAGCUCCAGCUCCAGCUCCAACCCCAACUCCAACUCCAUUUCCAGCUUCAACCCUACGUUCAAUUAAGCAGGUCAGGCCAAACCACACCUCAAGGUACCGCCAUUCACCAUAUACCCCGUACAUACGUCUCGACUGCGAGACCUUCAACAGCAUCCACUGCAUAUUUCCUGAGACUCCUGGUUUCCUGGUUUCCUGGUUUCCUCUGAUGUCCAGACCACGCUUUCUCCCGUAGUCGACAAACAACCUAUACUUCCUCAACCACCUUUGGUUCAGAAUUUUCCAACACAUGAUUCUUCUGACGAUCAAUACCUUGGAUAUCGUCUCCUCUAGCGUUGCGACCGAGACCGAGCCCAGUGCAGCCAGUUGUCUGUCACACAUUCCCAUGAACCACAUGGCAGUUGUUUCCACACCAUAGGCUCUGGUUGAGAGGGCGACCUCCACACAACGUAACGCAACGCAAUGCCCAUGCCACCAAGAAUAUUCCCUGGCGAUAUAGAGCUGGGAAAGAGAGAUGAUGACCAUCGGCCUGGGUCGAAAAGUGGUGUGGGCUUGGCAAUCGCCUGGCAGCACCGGCAGAUGUCACAUAAACCCCAUCGGAGGACUUUGAAGCGGAUCGCCCUGGGCAUAAUUGCGUUAAUUGGACUUUACUACUUCUUCAAAAAUAUGCCGACAGAUCUUGAGAGUCCGAGACAAAGACCUAGUUACGGGCCUACAUUGAGUGCCAAACCUCGGCCUCUAAGUACCCCUAAGGACGAUACGGUUCCGAAAGCAGGACCAAAGGAUAUGGUGGAAGUGCCCCAGCAUGAUUUCAAUGGCCCGAUCAAAUUCUACCACCUUGCCUCUAGUCUGCAUGCAGUAUCGAGGACACGAGGGUCUGAGCUGGUCAACAACAAUGUGCUCUUUGCUGCUGCAAGUUUAAAAAGUGCCGCAAUCCUUCUCCCCAUUGCCUGUGACAUGGCAAUCCGAGAAAAAAACUUUGUUCAUUUCGCACUGAUGGGCAGAGACGAAAUACCCAUGGAUAUACUGCAGUCUGUAAACGGCAUCACGAGGGAGUGCAAGAUUGUGUUUCAUGAUGCCCGCCCUGAUUAUUCCAGUCAAAGUUCUGACUUCCGCAUGGAAGUUAGUAGCGCAGCUGCUUUUGGACAUAUCAACACUUUCAUACAUCCCCAAGCAACUUUGAUAGACGGUUCUGGGGAAGAAGAGUCUUGGUUCUCACGAGGUGUUGAGGAUCGCGCGAUCACCCUGGGUAGGACUGUGAUUGAGCUUCCUAAUAAUGCGGAGAAGAACUUGAUGUGGUUGAACCUGCUGGAUAGUUCUUCUCUGAGCGCCUGGAACAAAGUGACCAUUGAUAUUAUAAUCCAUGCGCAGCCUUCAUCAUCUGGUUCCCUGAUCAGAUUGCUCGAAUCGUUGAAAAGGGCAGAUUUCUCCUCAUCCGCCUUACCUCGACUGACGAUCGAGUUGCCUCACGAUAUCGAUAAUCCUUCGAGAAGAUAUCUUGAACGCUUUCGCUGGCCCACAAUACCCGAUCAUGCAACAGGAAGCUUGCUCACCUUGCACCACCGAAUUCCACAGCACGGCCUCACAGCAGAAGAGAAUUCGAUUCGCUUUCUCGAGUCAUUUUGGCCCGCUGAUCCAUUCAUGUCGCAUGUUCUUGUACUUUCGCCAAUGGUUGAACUAUCACCUCUGUUCUUCCACUUUUUGAAAUACAACGCUCUGGAGUACAUGUACUCCACUAAUAGGGGAGACCUUCGACAAUUUCUUCUUGGCAUUAGCCUUGACUUACCAUCGACUUACUUGAAUGACUCAAGUUUGUUUACACCGCCAGUACUAGCACAUUCUACUGUGGGCGAAAAUGCGGUUGUUACUGGCGUCACGCCGUUCCUGUGGCAGGCACCAAACAGUAAUGCAGCAUUGUACUUUGGGGACAAAUGGGUGGAAAUCCAUGAUUUUGUUGGGCAUUUACUUUCUUCUCAGCAUUCUCUCCCAACGCCAACAACACUGAAUCAGAAACUGGUUAGCAGGACAUAUCCAUCGUGGCUUGAGCAUGUUUUGAAGCUUGUUCGUGCUCGCGGAUAUUGGACGAUAUAUCCAAACUUCGAAAACCAGCAUUCUCUCGCAGCUCUUCAUCACGACCUCUACCAGCCUCCGGAGGAGUACUCGGAGGAGUUGAAAGCAGAGGCAACCGUGCCUGGGGAGCUGACGGCGGAUCCUAAGCAGCACCUCUCGCUUAAGGAUAAAGAAAAGACAGUCAUAAAGACCUCACUCCUCGGUAUUCUGCCAAAUAAAGGCGACUUGCCAAAUCUAUCGGAAAUGCCUCUUUUGACCUGGGACGGCGAUUUGACUGAUAUUGAUGGAUUUGGUGGGCACGCUAUUAAUUACAGCAGCAUUUUCAGGAGGGAGAUAGGAGGGUGUACAGAAGAUAGUGUGGGAAAGGACAGGGAAGGACUGUUUGCCAGUGAUCUUUUCUGUUUGGACAAGCCAAAGACUUAGAUGGGAUGCAAGUAAUGGAAGUGAUGAAUUGUCUGGAUCCAAACCUACAUGACAACCAAUUAAGGCCA